UUUUUUUUAUUUAGUUUUCCUUUUUCUCUCAUUCAACACUCCUUUUUUUCUUUCUUUCUUUCUUUUAUACCCUUUUUAUUUUAUAUUACUCUUUUUUUUUUGAAAGGAAAAAAAAAACUAGUCCUUUAAUGUCGUUAGCUUCAUUAUCUCAUCAGCAGAUACAAAACCAUUCUACCAAACCGUCUUCGUACAUGUCUCAUCAUGAACAACCUUAUGUCUUGGCACCUACAGCUGUAACCAAUAUUAUUUCUCAACAUGAAGAAGAAAAUCAAAUAGAACAACAGUGUACUUCUCCUAUUGAUAUCAAUACUGAACGUUCAGAACUUUCGCCACCAACUACACCUAUUCCUUCAACAAAGAACAAAGACGUUGAAUCAUUAAGAGACCCUUUGAUGAACAACAAUAAUAACAAAAACAAGUCUGGUAUUGGAUCAUUCCCUUUUGACGUACAAGCACUACACGAACGAACUUUACAUAAAUUUCAUCAAGAAGGGGAUGACGACAUUACAUUUAAACGACACUCUACUCAUGAUGCUAUUAUCCACUCCAAACGACGUGAUACGACAAUGGGGAUUAUCCCCCUGCAUCCAACCGAAUAUGAUCCAUCAUCCGCUACAUCUGCAUUAUCAGCUGCAGCCGAUUCAGGAGCCACUUCUAUCAAUGGUACAACUCAAAGCACCAAUACCACUGCAGUCGCCACUAUUACUCGUCAUGGUUCAACUUCUACUUUGACUCGUCACAAUACUACUGGACACGCAUUACAACAAAACAAGAACAAGCAUAAGAAACCUGUGACCGAAAUAUCUGAAGACUUUCAAAAGGAACUGACUGCUCGACGCAAGGCCUUUCGAAGACUUUCUCGACGAAAGAAGGACUUUGAUGAUGAUGAAGAUCGAGUCAUGAUUGGCACUCGUAUUGGUGAAGGUCAUCAGAAUUAUGUUUUGAUGUACAAUAUGUUGACUGGUAUUCGUAUUGCUGUUGGACGGGUGUCUGCCAAAAUUGAUCGUGCUUUGACAAUUGAAGAUUUUUCUGCUGCCCACAAGUUAGCUUUUGAUGUUACUGGUGACGAAUUAACCCCUGGUGCAAAAUAUGAUUUCAAAUUCAAGGAUUAUGCUCCAUGGGUAUUCCGACAUUUACGUGAACAAUUUGGAAUUGAUCCUGCAGACUAUUUGAUCUCUUUGACAAGUAAAUACAUUCUAUCUGAAUUGGGUUCCCCUGGAAAAAGUGGUAGCUUCUUUUAUUACUCUCGUGAUUAUCGAUUCAUUAUCAAGACUAUUCACCAUACUGAACACAAGUUUAUGCGAAAAAUCCUCAAACAAUACCAUGAUCAUGUUAUCAACAAUCCCAAUACACUUCUUUGUCGAUACUAUGGCUUACAUCGUGUUAAACUUCCUCGUGGUAGAAAAAUCCAUUUUGUGGUUAUGGGAAAUGUAUUCCCUCCCAACAAGGAUGUCCAUGAAACGUAUGAUCUUAAGGGAUCUACUAUUGGUCGAUUGCUACCCGAAGAAGAAAUCAAGAAAAAUCCCAGCGCCGUCAUGAAGGAUCUCAAUUGGGAAAGCCGAAAACGAAAGUUGAGACUUGGUCCUCGCAAACGUGGAAUGUUUAUUAAGCAACUUGUCCGUGAUGUUAGGUUGUUGGUACAUUUGAAUAUUAUGGAUUAUAGUUUAUUGAUUGGUGUCCAUGAUAUGCUACGUGGAAACAAAGAUAAUGUGCGUGAUUCUACUCUCCAUGCGUUCCAGCCUGAUACCAAGAGUGUGGAACGUAGAGAUACUUUGAUGAAACGACGUCAAAGCAAAGCCCAAGUUGUACGAAAAGCCAUUGCUCAAGCAAACCCAGAUAAAUUAGAUCUAUCUGAACUUCCUGAUGAUCCUGAGGAACGUCGUAACUGUGUAUUUUAUUCUGACGAAGGUGGUUUCCAAGCAACAGAUGAAAUGGAUCAACCUGCUGGUAUACUCUAUUUUAUGGGUAUCAUCGAUAUUUUAACCCCUUACGAUACUAAAAAGAAGACAGAACAUAUGUUCAAAUCGUUGACUCAAGACAAGGCUGCUAUCUCUGCAGUGAAACCCUCUGUUUAUGGUGAUCGCUUCAUGGGAUUCAUGGCUAAGACUUUGGAACACAAUCAAGAUAUACCUCAAGAAUACCAUAUGAGCCUUUGAUGUUAGAUACAUUCAUUUAGUUUAUUAUUAUUAUUAUUAUUAGUAUUUACCUCCCUUUGUCUUUCCCCCCCUUCUAUAUUUAUUUUUUUUUUAUUAUUUUACCUAUUAGUUUAUUAGCCU